CCCUCCAUACAAACUGGUCCGUGUUCCGGACAGCCACGGAGCCUUUUGCGGAGGCUUACUAUAAUUUAUUAUGACACUGCCAUUCUCACAUGCCUUCAGCGCCAGGGAGUCUACAACACAACUCUUUCUCCCCUCUUUGAACAUUGCCUUGCAAGAUUGAAACUGCUACUCUCGGAACGUGCGGUCUCUUCCUGACGACACUGUCGGUAUCAUGGCUCGUCCACGGCGGACGUCAAGCAACCUUGGGGGUGAUCCUCGGGGAGACACCAGCGCACCCGCACUCGCUACCAUGACGGCGCGACCGGCUGUGCAGAUUUCUGCAAAUGAGAAGGACGGAAAGCCUCACUCGAAGAGACGGAAAGCAAGGUCGGCCUUUCGAAAAUGGAAACAGAUAUCCUUGCGACACACCUGGCUGAACCCGCUCAUCCUCGCCGUAGCGAUCCUUAUUGCCUACUACAUCAAUCCUGGCGAGCAGAACCCUCUCCACAAAGCGAUCUUCUUGUCGUAUAACCUCGGACCUGAUUAUCCCGGCGGACCAGACAUGUAUGGCAAGGGAAAAGCGGAUAUCGCCUUUGUGGCCUUUUACACAAUCGUCCUGAGCUUUACUAGAGAAUUCUUGAUGCAGAGGGUAAUUCGCCCCGUUGCCAUCAGAUGUGGCAUCACAAAGAGAGCGAAACAGGCACGCUUUAUGGAACAAGUCUAUACCGCCAUCUACUUUGGCAUUUUUGGUCCUUUUGGACUCUAUGUCAUGUCGCGGGGUUCUCUGUGGUACUUCAAUACCACAGCAAUGUUCGAAGGGUUCCCCCAUCGCACGCACGAGGGUGUGUUCAAAGCAUACUACUUGUUGCAGGCGGCUUACUGGGCUCAGCAAGCACUCGUGCUGAUGCUGCAACUGGAAAAGCCCCGGAAGGACUUCAAAGAGUUGGUCUUUCACCAUAUUGUUACCCUCUCCCUCAUUGGAUUGAGCUACCGCUUUCAUUUUGCUAAGAUGGGAAUUGCUGUCUAUAUCACUCAUGAUAUCAGCGAUUUCUUCCUUGCGACCUCCAAAACACUGAAUUAUCUAGACUCGGUCAUCGUCGGACCUUACUACUUUCUCUUCAUGUGUGUUUGGAUCUACCUUCGGCACUACAUCAACAUCCUCAUUUUGUGGGCAACUCUCACUGAGUUCCGAACAGUGGGACCUUACGAGCUGAAUUGGGAGACUCAGCAAUACAAAUGUUGGAUUAGCCAGAUCAUCACAUUUUCUCUACUCGCCUCCCUUCAAGCAGUGAACCUAUUCUGGCUGUUCUUGAUCCUCCGCAUCGCCAAGAACUUUGCCUUCUCGAAUAUCAGGGCCGAUGAACGAAGUGAUGAUGAAGAGGAGGACGAAGAGACCGAAGAUAGGCCAAGCGGAGGAAAGCAGGCGUUGGAGAAUGGCAAAAUUGGUGGAGACAAACCAGUUGUUCUUGUCAAUGGGGAGCCUGUCGAAGGCGUGGCCAAAUCAGAUGGAGUGCGGGAACGGAAGAGGAAGAGCUGAGGGUAUAAAAGCCAGACAACGAGCGUGCUAGAACCACUGGAAUCCUUAAUGUUUGCAAAGCAGCGAAAUCUACCUGGCGGUAAUGGACGUGUAUGAGUAGAUAGGAGCCUCCGAGGUUUAACUGUUUGGCAGCUUUGAACUUGCUGAUGUAGGGAAAGCAAAGGUUAUUUCCACAGGCCAAAGAUGUCUCGUUUGUCCAUACCACCUAC